AUGCUGGAGUCGGCGCGGCGCGUGGUCUUCUGCGCGCUCGUCUGCUCCGUCUACGCGCGCGCCUCUUGCCCUGCCGGCUGCGCGUGCUCCGAGGCCGCGCUCACGGUGAAGUGCGUGUCGGCGGGCCUGCGCGCCGUCCCGCGCGGCGUCCCGUCCUACACCCGGACCCUGUUCAUCACCGGGAACCGGAUCGGCCGGGUCGGAGCCGACGAGUUCCGGGGCCUGGACCAGGUCAGCACGCUGUCUCUGAGCAACAACAGGAUCGUGGAGGUGGACUCCCACGCCUUUGCGCACCUACGCAGCCUCCGCUCUCUGGACCUGAGCAACAACCACCUGGCCGUCAUUCACCCCGAGGCCUUCACCGUCCAAAACCACUCUCUGCGGGAGCUCAACCUCAGCCGGGCGCUGUACAACCACUCCUCCGUGAUGGACCUGUCCAUCUCCCUGCGCUGGAGUUCCCUGGGCAACCUGCAGGUGCUGGACCUGUCCGGCAACGGCCUGAUCUACCUGCCGCUGCGCCUCUUCUCCCGCCUGGCCGGCCUGCAGCGGCUCCAGCUUUCCAACAACUCCCUGGUGGCCAUCCACAACUCCACCUUUUCCGGACUGGAGCUGCUGGAGGAGCUUGAUCUGACCUUCAACGCCCUCAAGACCGUGCCAGAGGAGGGUCUGCAAGAACUGGACUCCCUGCCCAGGGCGAGGUUGCUCCUGGGCGACAACCCGUUUACCUGCACCUGCGGCAUCGAGCCCUUCGCCCUGUGGCUCAACAGUUCCCAGGGGCGCGUCAGGGACGCCGAAGCCCUGACGUGCGCCUUCCCCGCUGGCAUGCAGAACGUGUCCCUACUAGCGGCGGGCAAGCUGACGCUGGGGUGCCACCAGAGGGCCAUGGGGGCAGACCUGGCUUUGCAGACCUCGUAUGUCUUCCUGGGUAUAGUCCUGGGCUUCGUGGGGUUGGUCUUUCUGUUUGUGCUUUAUCUCAACCGCAAGGGCAUCAAGAAGAGGAUCUACGACACGCGCGACGCCUGCAGGGAAGUGUGGGAAGGGUAUCACUACCGCUACGAGAUCGAUUCCGACCCCCGGUUAUCACAGGUGUCCACCAGUGCCGAUGUGUGACUAAGACGAUCUCUGCUCUCCUUCCUUUCUUUUUUCCUAAUGAAAGACUUGUUUCCCCGCCCCCCCCCCCCUAAUGCAUUUAUCAGAACAUAAC